CAUAGAGACGAAGAGGCGGCGGCGGCCGGAGCGCCCCCCGAGCUCUCCGGGCGCUCAGGUAGAGUUGGCGGCGACCGGGCUGCAGCGGCGGAGGCCGGGCUGCUGGGGCGAGCGCGGGCCGCAGGGAAGGCCUCCGGGGUGAAUCAUUUGAUGUAAAAGAGCUGACUCCAUAAUCUUCAUCUGCCCUAAUGCUGUCAUCUGGAGUGGAGACUCAGCCAGUUCCACUUGAUUCCUCCAUGUCUGCCGUGGUACAGGAAUUAUACACUGAACUCCCAGUAAGUGUCUCCAAAGAGCUUCAUGCUGACCAUGAGCCAAGUGCGAUUCCAGAUGUAAAACCUGCAGCCUCAUGUUCUCCUGUCAGUGAGAGUAGGGCAGUGCCCUUGGAGCUGCAGAGAUCCCGUUCGGAAAGUUGUGAAGAAACCCCUGCAACCUUGGAUCAUGGGGCUGAGCCUAGGCGGUGUGGGCUGGUGGACUCCACAGCACGAGGUUCUUUAGCUUCUGGCAUCUUGGAUAGGGAAGAGAAAACCAAGAGCCCAGAGCUAAAGGUCUUCAGAGAUGAAGGGGACCAGGAGGAAGUUGUAAGAGAGUCCUAUGAGGGAGCAAAGGAAGACCCACACCAACAUUCCACAGCCGCUGAAGAAGAGAUCAGCCCAAGUCAGGAGGGCCUCCUGAUGCAGUCAAGUGAAGAACGUUUAUGCAUGGACCUCCCUGAAGAUUGUCAAAGGAGCAAAGAAGGAAUUGUUCAGGUUACAACGGGAACUCUGCUUAAGUCUACUGAAGAAGUACAAGGUAUGAAGGACAGUGGUACUAAAACAAAUAAUAAUGGACACCAGAAUGGCAAUGUGAGUAAAGUUCUUUCAGCUGGGUGCAUCGACUACCCAGGAGUAGACAAAAUCAUGACCAGUGGUGAUGUUUCAGAAAUCAGCACAUUAAAUUCCCUAGAGCCUUUAACUAACUUUGUGGAUCCAGGAUUAACAGAAGCAACUCUUAAAAACAAAGAAUGUGAAGAAUUAAAAACUUGUCUUUCUUGGUUGUCAUUAUUACCAGGGAACAGCGCCAUUUCCAAAGUGGACAAUGGGAAGGAAGAGUUGUUUAAAUCAAACUCUGUCUGUGAAGCAGAUGACAAUCACCAACACCGCAGUGAGCGACACAGUUCUACACAAGACCAUCCCGAAAACAUGAGAACUGUAGCGAUUGUAGAACCCUUAGAAGAAAAUUCCAAAGUUGCAUUUGUCACAUCAAGUUUGUCUGAUCCAAAAUCUAGAACAGUAUUUUUAGAAAAAUGUAAUUUUGGAAGUGAUAGUUCGCUAAAGAGAUCUGCAGAAAAAACAGAUCAAAGCAAGAACUUGGCUUCUCAAGAGGACAAUAAUGAACAGUUUUUGGAUUCCAGGAGGAAAACUCCAGGGGAAGUCUUUCUUAUUAGUGUCAGGGAACCAGAAGAAUAUACUAGUGAUUGUUGUUUUGGUGACAAAGAGACUAUUGACUUUCCAAAAGAAAAUGCCCAGAAUAAUUGUUGUAGACAAGGCAGUGUCCAGACAGACAACUCUGGUUCUUCACUACACAGUUCUUUUACUGAAACCACGGAAAUAAUGUUUAAUAAAAAAGAUGGGGAAAUCACGUUAGAUAGUCAGGGUAGCUUAACAAACCAUGAGGACCAUAUAAAAACUUUUGCUAAUAUGAGCCAUCCAGGCCAAGACUCGGAAGAGAACAUUGUUUCCUCUUUGAUGCUGAUUGAAGAGCCAAAACAGACGACCACGAUGAAGCCCAAAAUGUUAAGUGAAAAAAAUUAUAGUAAAGACUCUCGUACUUUAGUUAGAGAGUCUCAACUUAAUCUGGACAGCAGCACCCAGUUAAAUGAAUUUCUGAUUGAAAGAAAAUCCCUUGUGAAUUUAGUGCCUGAGGACCCGAUAAGGCCAGUGAAUGAGUUAGCAAAACCGGAGAAUGAUACUGCUCAGUUGUCAUCAUCCCCUGAAUUUGGUUUCCAGUCUGAGUCAGGAAAAAAUGUACAGACUUCACAGGACAAUAUUCCACAGAGCCAGAGCAUUGCCUGUGAGAUAAAUGAACUUCCUUCUACUAAGGAACUAGUUGUUAACAAAAUAGAAAAUGAAUGUGUUAUAAAUCAAGUGUCCCUUAAUUCUCCAGACUCUGAGAAGUUGCCAGCUAAUGAAGAAAUUCCACUAGCAACAAGCAAGAACUCUCUGCAGAGCCAUCGCCCUCCAUUCAAGGAUGGAGUAGACACCAUUGCUGAUACCCAGACCAUUCCCAUGAAGACGGAAGUGAAAGAGAUCUCUCCAGCAGGUGACAAAACAUAUGGUGCCUCUUCAAACAGUCUCACCUUAAAUAUCAGACUGGGAAGCCAAGAAAAGAAGAGGGAAAGGGUGGGUUCAGGAACAGAAGAGCUGCAUUCCAGACCGCUUUCAGGUAGAGAAGCAGCUGCUGGCUUUCCUCAAGACACCUUUAUUGUGGAAUGUCAGAGUGUUCAGUCUCAGGAUCUCUUGAACUGCCAUUGUGUGGGAAAAAAUGCACCAGAAGAGAUCAUGUGUUCUGUUUGUGCUGCCUCUGGGUCCAGCCAGAUCACUCCCAGAGUGGAAAAUUCUUUGGCAGACAAGUAUGAAAAUGCGUUUCGGCACAGUGAUCACUCCCCAGGAAGAGAAGGCUUAAUGGAAAGUAGCAUCCACAGAGUGGGUGAUACACCAAAAGAAAGUGAUCUUGAUGAUAAGGAAACUAAAGACAGCUUUCUAGGAGAUAAGAUCAGAAACAAGCCCGCAGCUGGCAUGUCAAAUAGUGAAGCUUCAAACAAGACCAUUCACACCAGCAGUCACCAGCUUAGUGAAGAAGGGCUAGAAGGGGAGGAACGGAAUAUAUCCAAAGAGACAGUGUUUUGUAAGGAUAACAUGUCUGACUGUGCCCCUGAAGAACAGAACCAGUCUGUAACCAUUCCAAGUCCUGGAACAUUGUUGAACCAGUCUUCUGCUAUUAUGCUCUCCAGUUUUAAAAACAUGAACCCAGAAGUCCCGACUCUAGAUCAGAAGAGUCAAGAUGAAGGCCUCGAUUACCAGAAUAACCAAAAGAUUGUAUACAGCAAUGAAGAUAAAUCAGUUAAAGAGACACAAGGUAGUGACCAGAGAGAGACCACCACAGAGCUUAGCAGAAAGGGAAGCCACAGUCAAAAGGAUCGCAUCCAUUCAGGCAGUAACACUUCUCUGUCUUGUGGUAGUCCAAAGAAAGGCACCUUGGAAAGUGUUCCUGACAGUGAGGCGGCCACAGACGGUACAGUAGAUGUUGUCUACACAGACUGUAAUGAUAAGCCUCUAGAAGGAUUCCUGAGUAUAAUAGAAUGUGGUGCCCUAGAUGGUGGUGAAAAGCAAGAUAGACUGACCUUAUGUGAAACCUCGAGAGGCACGCUGUCUGAGAGAGGAGGGCCCAGUGCUGCUGUGAUGGGAGUUAAAGAUUCAGAGUUUCCAGGCGUGGCUUUCUUUACAGUGAAAUCUUCCGAAGUUAAAAAAUCAUGUGGUGAGAAAGUGUGCAGGUUGUUAAAAGACUGUGGAAAAAAAGUGUGUCCGGAAUCUUGUGCCCGUGAUGUACGGUCUGGUGAUAUACAGUCUGUUGCAGAUCAUGAACCAAAUGUAAGAAUAUUGGAUAGAGUUAAUGUGUCUUUGAAUCAUAUUCAUCAUGGCCCACAAGUUAAAGGCUCAUCUCGGAGAAAAAAGCAAAGAAAGAUCGAAGGAUCAAGUCACGAAGUAAAUUCUGAGUUUGACAAGGAAAACACCUUUGCAGUUUCCUCAAGAGACCUGACAGCUUCUAGGUGCCAAGAUGAGAACUCUGUACCCCCCGGGCAGUUGAAAUCCAUUGGGAUGCCUCUGUCUUCUGAAGAGAACUCAGAAACUGAUUUUAAUUGUGAAGAAACUAGCCUGGAAGGUUAUGUUAAGCCAAAAGAGGGCAAACAGCUUUGUGCACACGUCAGUGUCUGUACAGCUGUGCCUAAGAGGGAGGACGGAACACUGAGGGAUAGAAGUCAGCCAGAGGAAGGCAACCACAGAGGCAUGAGUGGGAAAGGUCUGCCUGUGACGAUGGAGACAGAAGCUACUGGGCACGGAAAAGAAACUGAAGAUCAGAGGGACUCACUGGACCAGCAGACUGCUGGGGAGGAAGCUGGGAUGGUUACCCGAGAAGGUAAUCGUGGUGGAAAUGUUGCAAGUGAGAUUCCUCGGGCCCAUACUAAAUCGCAGAGGGUGCUUGGCGUUGCCAGAGAACACCAAAGCCAGAGGGUUUGGGACGACGUGGUGCAGAAGGAGGAGGAGGAGGAGGACACACAUCCAACAGAAGCACCCACGAUCCUGGAACAGUGCAGCUCAUCUAAUGUGUUGGCAGAGGUGCAGAAUGAGAGCCUCCCGAAGCAUGGCGACGAGGAGGUUGCCAUGGCGAAAGAAAUCGCCCCCGCAAAACUGGUCCAGGGUGCCAGUGCUGUACAGCAACAGAAAUUGAAAGGCCCCAGAGAAGAAAGUGCGCAUCACGCAGUGAAAAAGAGGAUUGAAUUGUGCACAGCUCCUCGUGCCGACCCCCAGAAAGCACAAGACCCCGCUGCUGCUGGGCGUGACAAAGUACACGGUGCCUUUGGGAACACUUCACACAGGAAAGGCGUUCUUCCCGUAAAGAAGCAGCCCCAUCGAACGUGUAAGAAAGCUUUCGGCCAGGAGCAAGUCAACAUGGGGAGAAAAAUAAGCAAAAUCAGAAGUGCUGCCUUCUUAAAGAGUUCCUCCGAAAGCAUCCCCACAAAAGCACACCGAUUUCUUAGUUCACAGUUCGCCUCUGUGCCCACACCGUUGGAACCUGAAAAAGUCACCUCCAGGAGCAGAGUUCGCCACAUACCAAAGCAGAAAGUAUCUCCGUGCCACUCUUUGAGGAGCCUGAAUGUGAAGCCUACCAAAGACUCAGCCUUACUCCGCAAGCUGUCCAUCCUUGCCUCCAAACUGGCCCCGGCCUCCACGGCGCAGCAACUGAGGUCCCAGCGGUGUUCCUCAGAACUUCUUCCGGUGGCCAAAAGCUGCAAGCGAUUCAGAUACACCAGGCUCCUGGACGGGUUUUCUUCUAGUACAGUGCAGCUGAAUCCACAUUUGGCAGCUAGCGGGUGGGAUAAGACGCCACACAGUAAGCCCUGGACUCUUUAUUCGCUCGAAACCAUCAAGCUGAACUUCGUCCAUUUGAGCAACAAGAUGCCAGCAGUGCUGUUUGGUUCUGAAAUCUUUCCGGCAUCCUUUCCCGUGAAAUCAGGCUCUCAGUGCCUAACAGAGUCCCCAAGGACUUUCCCUGAGCACUGCGCGCCGGCAAGGCUCGCCUUACGGGGGGGCCCCUGCUGCCCGCCUCAACCUCCCAAGUGGGCCUUCUCUUUCUUUCUGUCUCACAGUUUCCCUGGCAUGGCCUCGUUCAGGGACGGUCCUGCCCUCCUCAGUCAGUCACUUGCCCGGGCCCCUCCACAGCCUCCGGUGCCUCUCCCGGACUGCGGGGGCGCUGCCAUCGUGCAGACCAGAGCAGGCUGCUCUGUCCUGGGCCUUCAUACACUGCUAGCACUUUGUUCCCCUGGAUGUUACCGAAUCUGGACAAAGAAACGGAACUUCUCCAACCACAUGCCUACUGUGCAGAGGCUCUUCAUGACCCAGUUUACACAGGGCUUGAAAGGGUUAAGGUCUCCUGCCUCCAUCGCCGACAAGAUCUUCUGUUCUCUGCCCUACUCCGUGGGCCGAGUGCUGUCCAUUUGGAGCCAGCAUGGACCUUCUUCCUGCCCCUUCAAAAUUUCUUCUCUCCAUUCCACUCACAGUGAGGAGCAGCCACCUCUGAGCACCACAAGCAGCCACACCAUGUUACCAUAUGUGCCUCUUCCAGGCAUGGAAGUUACUUUCAACACCAGCGGCAGUCAGAUGAGGUUAGAGUCUCCAUUCCCUGCCUUGGUACCAAAGUCUUGCUUGGUAACAGACUCGACUGUCAGCAAACUCCUGCUUUCAGCCUCUGAGUUCCAGGUUCCUGAGCUUGAUGAGCUGGAUGGGGUGAAAGCAGCAUGCCCCCGGCCACAGAGCACCCCUCCGGAGCAGAAAGAGGCCGAGCCAGAGAAGAGGCCAAAGAAAGUAUCACAGAUUCGCAUCCGGAAAACCAUCCCUAAGCCAGACCCUAACCUUACCCCGAUGGGCCUUCCUCGACCUAAAAGACUGAAGAAAAAGGAGUUUAGUUUAGAAGAAAUAUAUACCAACAAAAAUUAUAAAUCUCCUCCUGCGAACAGGUGUUUAGAGACCAUCUUCGAGGAGCCUAAGGAACGGAAUGGGACGCUGAUUUCAGUCAGCCAGCAGAAGAGGAAGCGAGUUCUAGAAUUUCAAGAUUUCACAGUCCCAAGGAAGAGGCGGGCCCGCAGCAAGGUGAAGGUGGCAGGCAGCUUCACCAGGGCCCAGAAGGCAGCGCUGCAGAGUCGGGAACUGGAUGCCCUUUUGAUACAGAAACUCAUGGAGCUAGAGGCCUUCUUUGCCAAGGAAGAAGAACAGGAGCAAUCGUCUGGUUGUUGAGACGCCGUUGCAGGUCGCAGGGCUGGGGGAGCGACUCAAUUCAGAUUUUUCCAGGCCCCUCGGCGGAAGUUCCCUCAGUGUCCCCCAUCAUCCCGACCACUCGAAGUGAAGUCCAUGGAUUUUUUUUACCUAUUUCCAGGUGCAACCUUUUUAGGAUCUGGUGAAGGAGGGUCCUCUACUUCUCCUGCUGAGUAUAGAACCUCAGGAAUGUGCCCUCUCUCUGAGGAACCCCCAUGCCACCUGGCUGCUCCCUCCCGCUCUCUGCCAUCCAGGGGAGGAUGCCGCCGCAUACGACACUAGGAUUCCGAGGACCACUCCCCUCCCCGUCCCCACCCCCGCCCCGUCCCAGCAUUUGCACGUCUGUCUGGAAGUUGCGCGUUGUUUACAGUGGUGCUAGAAUGAGAUCAUCAUUUGGAGAUGUGGCCUAAGGAAGGGCGACCCUGGAGUCCUGUCCUGUGUGGUCUCACCGGCUCAUUUCAGUAGUUGAGGAAAUAUGGGCUGUAAUUUUUUUUUGUUUUGUUUUUGUUUUUUUAUUCUUUUUGUCUGU